CUAUUAGGUAAUUCUCUCCAGCAGCAUAAUGACGAGUCCAAAAUCGGCCUGAACAUCACGCACAAGAUGCCUGGAGGUGCCGUUUCUCCUGCAUCUCCGCCAGAUCAAUGUGGUGCUCAUGUUUAUUGUCUUUAAGUCUAUCGUUGCCCACUUUUGCGUGUGGCAGGACCCAAGAUAUAUCGUAUCCCACCAACCAACACAUAUCCGAAUACCCGUCUUUGACCUGCGUCCUGCAACUCACGUGUGGCUUCAAGGGCGCUAUUAAAAAGUCAAUAUCAAUCUCUUUGCGUGCGGUGAGCACUUUGUUGGCUGCGCGCCGAACUGCGGCAUCUUUACACCGACACCCGCCGUUAUACGAAAAGGGCCUUACACUCACACACGUACUCACACCACUUUACCUAUCUGCCAUCGCCCGCCUUGUCCACCACUGAGCCGCGGACUUGGCAUCUCACACGACCCCAAGCAUCUGCCCUUGUUUGCGCCCGUAUAUGAAUCAACCCCCCUCGUUCCUUCUCCCUUGCUGCUG